AUGUCGAAGAAGACAUCGAAAUUGAGCACGCAUAAUAUGAUGAAGGUCUAUCCGGAAUAUAUGUUCAAUUUGCACGACGAGAACACACUUCUGGAGCAUUUGAGGACGGCUAUGAAGCGGAACGAGACGAGAAACGACGCGCAACUCGACUUUGAUUUUUUGACGACGGCGCGCGGUUUGAUGACCUACGGCGCCUCGUUUUUCGACGUCGACAUUAUCUCAAAGAGAUCGUCGAACGCUUGCCGACCGUGCCUCGCCGGUGUCAAUGAUCGCGGACUUCAUUUGAUAUUCAAACAGACGUGGGUUGUCAAGAAUUUGAGAUUCGACGAGUUCCAUCCGAUAUUUGUUAGCAAUAAUGUGCUUGAGAUCGACGCGCUUCGAUCAAGAGAUGAGUAUUAUGUAUUGGCGUCGCCGCAGAUCAAAUUCCUGAAGGCGAUUUUGCAGAAAUUCCAAAAACGGGUUCAUUGA